AUUCAAUGCAUGAUAUUAAUAAGAGCAAUAGAAAAAUGCUUUUUAGUAAUGUGCUUUCAAAUUCUUUCAAAGAUCUUUGAGGACCCUUGUGGAGGAAAUGUCCAAAUGUAAAUAGCAUUACAGUGAAGAGAGAUGAAUGGCAUGCAUAAAGGUGCAGCUGAACUGUGCAGAGAGGGGGACAAAAUAUUGCUCUCUGGGGACCCUGGCAGAGCUGCUGCUCUGUACACCCAUGCUUUUGGAAAUCAUGCAGGAUCCACCGUAGGACACAUGCGUGGCCUUGACACAGGUUUCUUAGAGGAGGUGAUCUCAACUCUGGAGGCCUGGCUUGAUGGCGUCUCGCACAACUCAGUUGAGGGCCUGAGCAAAGGUCUUGUUGCUGUAUUUCUGUCUACAUUAUGCCCCAAUAAUAUUUCUGCUUCUCUUUAUAAAAUGGAGUCUGUCCUGCAGGGGACAGGUCAUGCCUCGGACGAGAUUUUCGCACGGUGUUCCGCUCUUCUAGGGGGAAAACAAAUGCCCCAACCUGAAGGUCACACACGGUUAGUUCUGGAGUUAACUAGGGCUCUAGCCUGCUUGCUCUCAGACCCUCAAAACCCCAAAGGUCCUCAGCUUUAUCUGCAGGCCUUUAAUGGAAAUAAAUCAGAAACUAUUAGACUUGUUAAAGAAAGGCAAACUAAACAUGUGGAACUAUUAAUUAAAGCCUUUUACCAGCAAAUGUAUCUGAGAUAUUCCAUACUUCAUGCUAAGGGGCAGAUAGAGCAAGCAUCGAGUCCUACACAAGCAAGUGACGACAUGGAUCCCACCAAAACGGUUGAAUUUUUACUUGCCAUUUCUCCUAAUGACAUCCAGGUGAGAGAACUUCAAGCUGCAGUCUUGUUUUCAUCAGGAAAGUUCACAGAAAGUGCAGAAGCUUUGUCGCUGGCCCUUAAACUAGAUGAAUCACAGACUGAACAUGUAAUGGCACCAGAGAAAAGAGCUUGUUUACUGGUGGGCAGAGCAGCUGCUCAUUUUUCAGUAGGAGGACGAGCAAGAGAAGUCUGCAAAGACCUGGGUGACGGCUUUGCACUUCAUCCGGCGACAGCAAGACAGCAAUUCCAGAGCCUUUUCUCGGACAAUGGCAUAGGGUUGACUGCUCGCAUCCAGCUGCGCCAACAGGCCGAGAAGGGCGUUUUGGAGUUCAGGGAGGCAGUUCUUAUAAGGCCUGACCUCCGGUCUUCAAAAGGAGUGGAGUUGUUGGAUCCCGUUAUUGCUCAGCUGCGAGCUCUCUGCCACUUGGAGUCAGACGGAGGAGGUAGGGAACUGCGGGUGCGUCUAGCAGACUGCCUCCUCUUGCGUGGGGAACAUAAAGAAGCCCUUUCCAUAAGUAGCCAGCUAGCCGCUGCAGCUCCAGCCCAGCAGAGCUACCAGAACACCGUGCAAGUGCUCAGAGGGUUUUCACGACUCUUCACCGAGGACCAUAAAGGUGCUCUGGAAGAUUUCCAAGCAGUUAUUAAUCAUAAUACUCCUCACCCACCCAGCUGUGUCCGUGCACUCUGUGGCAGGGGUGUCCUGCGUAUGAUGGGGGGCUCACACUACCUUACUGCUCUAGAUUACGUUACGGCGAGCCGAUUACAGCUGCAGGACACCGCUGUAACUGUUCGGUGCCUGGUGCCAUGGAACUACCGUGGGUUGCUGUGCACUGUGUUGCUGGAACAGGGAAGGGUUAUGCUUGAGGGGACCGAAGAACAAAAAGCUGACUCAAAUCCUACAGCAAAACAAGAGCACGAGGAAGGUCACACCAACAACAAACAGAGGUCUUCCGUUGGAGUGCACGCUCUUGCUCUUCUACUAAUGGAGUUACAGCCCGGUGCCGAUGGACCCCAGAUUCUCACAGCAGAUGCUCUGUACCAGUUGGGUCGUGUUGAGGAGGCUUACCGUCUUCUUCUCAACAUUGAGCACACAGCCCCACGUCCACCGAUUCUCGCACGUCUUGCAACUCUGCAGCUGCAUCGAGGUUUCCUCUAUGAUGCCUAUCAGCUACUGAAAAAGCUGAUUAAUUCAGGAGACACAAGCUGCCUACGUCCCCUUCUCUCUGUAGCAUCUUUACAAGACCGAGCACUUCUAGAAAAACAUUGUCACACCGCUUCCCAACGUAUACUGUGUGGCCAACAAGCGGAAAGUGCAAUAAGGGAAGCUGUGGCCUAUUUGUCCAUUGCCAUUAUGGCUUCAGGUGGUGGCGCAAUAGAUUCCCUGCUGGAGAGAGCAAAAUGUUAUGCUCUAUUGGGCCAAUGGAAGACGGCUAUCUUUGACUUCACUGCGAUCCUUAAAGAGCACCCAGACCAUGUGCAGGCUUUGUGUGGAAGAGGAUUCACUUAUCUUAUGCUGAACCAGCAGAAGGAAUGCACACUAGACAUACUAGUUGCCCUUCAGUGUGGUGCUGAGGAGGUCACUCAGAGCAUGCUGUCACUUAAAGAAAAAGCAAAGAGACUGGUCAGUGAAUGGUUGGGUCAGUACUGUCGCAGCAGCCUGUCAGAGACUCUGUUGGCUAACCCUGUACCCUGCCGGGAGGAGCACCUUCGAGAGGCCUUUUUGAUUGGUGGAGCACUAAUGAACACUGACUGCAGGGAACCCAGGUGGCACCUCCUGUACAUAGAUACACUAUUUGCCAAAGGGGAGGUGAAUGCUGCAGGAGCGCAUCUGAAGCAGGUGUUUGGUCAAGAGCCUCGAGAUGUCGCAGCUAAGGCCAGGUGGGGUGUCGUGAAGGCCUGGCAGCAGAACUACAAAGUGGCAACCAACUAUUUGAGUGUGGUGGCUGAGAAAGAUCCAGCAACUCUAGACUUUCUAAUCAGUCUCAUGCAGUCAGCUCAAAGAAAACGCUUGGCACAGGCAGCAUCCCAGCAGGCCGGCAUUGUGUCUGAAAGUGGCCAGUGGGAGCACGCUUUAGCCCUCCUCACGCUAGCAGUGCGAGCGGUCAGUGAGUUGAAGCUUCAGUACCUCAGGCAGCGUGCAGCCUGCCUGGCCCACCUGGGUCUCCACGACAGGGCUGUGUCUGAUUUAAAUAAGGUCAUUCAGGGCCACAAUGCAGAUGGGAGUGAGGAGCCAAAGGUUUGGGCAGAGGACCUUUGCCGCCGAGGCCGUAGUCUGCUAUUGUGUUCCCAUGAAGAGUCUGGCUUACAGGACAUUUCUCAAGCCCUGGAUCUGCAUGAGGGACAGGCACUGCUGUGUGUGGAGGCUGGUCUGGGAACACAACGCCUUGCUGAAAAGUUCCUGCGCUUUGCCCUGCAGAACUAUGGAGAGCAGAAACUUGACAAAGCUUGGCUUCUGACAGAGACCGGGCUUAAAGUGGACAGUGGCCAUGUAGAACUGCGCAGACUGAGGGCUAGAAUAAAACGAGAAGUCUCUGGUCCAUGUACUGUCCACUAGAGAUGAAACAUGCUCAAGAUGUUUAUUUAUGAACUGAUGGUGAGAAUGACUUUAGCAGAAUGUCUCAUGUCUUUAUAUUGAUUUGUUUAAUCAGGCAAACGUUAUGGCAAGAAUUUUUAUAGGGUUUUUGUGUUGGAAUUUUUAUUAUUUAAGUUUUGUCAAAAUUUCACAUUUGGUGUAGUCUUGUCAGACGUGUAUAUUACUUUUUGUUUGGGGCAGUAUGAUUUUUAUUAAAUGAAUUAAUUUAUUUAGCAGGGAGUGACAGUAAAUACAUCUACAAGACAUUUACAAUGUUCCAACACAAAUAACAUUCAAAAUAAAAAAUAAAAAA